GGAAGUGAGCGUAAAGGUAUCAGCCCAGCACAUGUACAUGUUUUGAUUUCUCACGCAAUCGCUACGGAAAUUUCAUUUUCUGAUGUAGCUGUCAGGUAAUUUUGACAGUCGUUGGUUGAAUUAAUGGGAAGGACGGACGUAAACAACCUCAAAAGACACAAAAUGAAGAAAGAGCACGUGCUUAAUUGUAGCUUUUCGUCUUGGUAUGACAGAUUCAAAGAUCUUACAAUCAAAAGUGUGGUGCUGCCUCUACCUCAAGAAUUCAUCGACUACCUUCACAAGGAUGGCGUUGUGCUGCCAGAGGGUUCAGUACAGGGGAGCUCUCAAUCAAGACCAGAGGAUGAAAAUGAUGAUGAUGAUGACGUUGACUGGGGGUCAGGCAGUGCAGCAGUGGCAGUGGCGCCGGAGUUCCCUGAGUUUGAGAGGCUGGUGAAGAAGGCCAUACAGAAGCUGGGGGGGAGAGUGUUCCCCAAACUCAACUGGAGUGCUCCACGGGAUGCGACGUGGAUUUCUUUUGAUAAAACCCUGAAGUGCACAUGUCCCAGUGAUGUCUACCUUCUGUUGAAAAGUUCCGAUUUCAUCGCACAUGAUUUGUCACAGCCGUUUCUCCAUUGUUCUGACUGUGACCUUGAGAUGGCGCGAGCAGACGUUAAGUAUGACCUGAUCCUGAGGCGAUGGCAGGAUCUGCAGCCUGGCAUGGAGUUCAGGUGUUUCGUCAGGAACAAGAAACUGAUUGCUAUAUCUCAGAGACAUCACAUCCAGUACUACGCCUUCCUGGAGAGUCAGAAAGAUGAGAUCAUCAGCGACAUUCAGGCAUUCUUCUAUCACAUGAUCUCCAACAAGUUUCCUGAUGAGAGCUAUGUGUUUGAUGUAUACAGGAAAGAUAAGGGCCACCUGACUCUGGUGGACUUCAACCCGUUCGGUGAGGUGACGGAUGCCCUGCUGUUUACAUGGGAAGAACUGGCCAAUGACAGUGGAGAACUCAAGGCUGAGCGCCCUGAGUUUCGGUUCCUCCAGAGCAAGGAUGGAGUACAGCCCAACCCCUUCGCCUACUUCGCCAUGCCGCGGGACUUCGUCGACCUGGCUGCUGGGGAGGAUCCCUACAAGCUCAUGGACCUCCUGCACCUGAAAGUGCAGACUUCCACCAGCGAGAACACAUCAUCUGACGAGGACACCACCAGUUGACCUCCAGAGGAGUCUAGGCAGACUAUUCUUGUGUAAAUACAGUCAUCAUUUUGUACAUAAAGCAGUGAAGUGCA